UGAAAUACUGGAACCAGUCAGAAGGGGAAUAAAUGCAUGAAGUUAUUCAGCGAAACCUUCAAAAGUAUCCGGAAAUAACUUUGUCGACAUUCCAAGUGUUUGGUGGAAGAAACCGGAAAAGAUCUUAUGGAAUUGGGGAUUUGUUUCAGUGAUCGGAACGGAGAUGCAGUAAUGGUGAACAAAGGAGUGAUUCCCCGUACAGCGGAUCAUUGUGAGGGCUCUUCCUGUCUGCAUUGGACUGGCAUUGCUAGCAGUGGUACUAGUCAAAAUCUUCUCAAGCCUGGUUCAACUGCAUCAUUGGAUUCAUGUUUUGGGAUGUUUAGAGCAUUAUGA